GUACUUACAUUUGAGUUGCACACUUGAGUUUCUUUUAUUUGUUGCUGCAACACAAGCCACGGGUUAUACUUACAGAAAAUAAACUUUUUAGUUACUUUACAGUGAAUAUGAUGCAUUUGAUUGCGCCACCAGGAACCUCCAUUGAAAAGGAAAGACAAUCAGAAAUACAAUCUGAAGGCAAUGAGAAGGAAUGUUCCACCUGGCCAUUAGCCGUAAAAUUGUCUUGGACAACGAUGCACGUAAUUGAUCACAAGAUGUUUAUUGCCGCUCGACGAAUACAAUCCUACUGGCGUGCGUACCGCAUUCGUAAUCUGCUCCAUCGGCGCUGGCAUGCUGCAGUUGUCAUUCAGCGCUGGUGGCGCGGCUUCCGGAUUCGGCGCAUCCUGUGGGAGCUGGUAGAGAGGCGUUUGCAACACACGCUCCACGAGCACUUCAAUCAAGCGGCCAUCCGCAUUCAGGCCCUGUUUCGGGGUUGGCAAGACAGACGCUACGUCCAUGAUGUACAAAACCUGCACGGCAUGCAAACCUCCGCCGCCGAAGAACUUAUCAGUUGCUUCAUUCUCCAGUUUCAUCAAAUUAAGAAAACCGAAUCUCUCCCAGGCCUCUUUUCACUGCGAAAUUCAGUCUGCCUACCAAAGGUGGAAAAACUGAUGGCCACAAUGGUGUACCGCUUUCACAAUGGUCGGGUGUUAUCUAUGGUGGCCAACAUGAUGACCCAAAACGAGGACCAUCGCAAGUACUUUGAAUCCGCUAGAUUCCGUACCCAGUUACCCUAUGCCGGGCCGAAUGUAAACCAAAUGUGUCAUAUAACAGAAGAAGACAAAGUGGAAGUCAAGGACUUAACUAUAGAUCGACGAUAUGGACAAAUAGUUGCCGAGUAUGAGGAAUCCCAGCUACAUAAACAAUUAAGAGAUAGCCAUCGGCGUUCUAAGACUCGCAAAGUUCAGGGACAGUUGGGCCAUAUAAAGUCUCAGGAAAUGGCUGCAAAACGCAAAUUCUGUGCGGAUGUCAAAGAUCGCUUGCUUAAAUGGAAGUUGCGGAGCGGAGCCGACGUCAAUAUUGACAAAAUUUUUUUGCAAAGUCCAGGUGUGGAAUUCCUGAAUAAUUGUUUCAACAUGGAGAUCCCACAAGUCCUUUAUGAUUAAGCUAUUUGAGAUAAAUUCAAAGUGCAACAGACAUACAUUUUUAUACAUUACAAAACCUUCUCACAUACUUAGCCAAAAGGUUUUUGAAUUAUUAAACUUAUAUCACUUGGGUAUAAACAAGAAUUGCAA